AUGGGAAACAUCCCCAGCAUUGCCGGCCACGACUGCCUCCUGGCAGCCGUAGGACAUGACUCGUCCAUGGUGACCUUCCGAACUGACUUCUCCUUUAAAUCCCAUAUCCCGCUUUACAAUCUUAACACCCCCGUGAUUCCAGUGGCACUCACAUAUCCCACAACAACCCACCAAGUCGCUGACAUCAUCAGCUGCGCAGUCGACAAUGGGUACAAAGUUCAGGCACGCAGUGGGGGACACAGCUAUGCUAACUACGGUCUUGGAGGCACGGAUGGCGCAGUGGUCGUCGAUUUGAAACACUUCCAGCAAUUUUCUCUCGACCCUGACACUUUCGUUGCUACUAUCGGAGCAGGCACACUCCUUGGAGACCUUCAAAGUCGUCUCGAUCAUGCAGGUGGAAGAGCAGUGGCUCAUGGAACUUGUCCCCAGGUUGGCACUGGUGGUCACUUUACAAUUGGCGGUUUAGACCAUGUAAUCGAGGCUGAGGUGGUCUUGGCCAAUUCGACGAUUAUUCGAGCCUCUAAGACUCACAACCAGGAUGUAUUCUUUGCCAUCAAAGGUGCUGCAGCGUGCUUUGGCAUCGUCACCGAAUUCAAGCUGCGCACACACGAAGCACCCCACGAGGCCGUCCAAUACUCAUUUGUUUGGAACCUGGGCAACACAUCUGAAAAAGCAAAAUUGUUCAAGGACUGGCAAAGACUGAUAAUCAGCAAGGAUCUUUCCCGCAAAUUCGCCUCCGAGCUUGUAAUCUCUGCUGCAGGCGUCAUCGUCUCGGGCACUUACUUUGGCUCUAAGGCAGAGUGGGACGCUUUCGAACUCGAGAAGCAUUUCCCACCGAGCAACUCAGCAAAUAUUGUGACCUUGACGGACUGGAUGGGUAUGCUUGGCAGCAGCGCUGAAAAUCUCAUCGAAUCGAUUGUCGGCGGAAUCCCGGUCUCAUUCUAUGCCAAGUCCAUGUCUUUUACUCCAGAAAACCUCAUCCCUGAUAGCGGGGUCGAUGCAAUGUUUAGGUACAUCGAUGCAACUAACAAAGAUACCCUGGUCUGGUUUAUAAUCUUUGAUCUGGAAGGUGGUGCAACUAACGACGUUCCAACCAAUGCCACUGCUUACGCCCAUCGCGAUGCCAUUUUCUGGAUGCAAUCUUAUGCAGUCAACCUUCUUGGAAUCGUCUCUCCUACUACCAAGGAUUUUCUUAACGGCCUGAAUGCGGUUGUUGCAUCAUACCAUCCGGGCGCUGAUUUUGGAGCUUAUCCGGGAUAUGUUGAUCCCCAGCUGAUUGAUCCCCAGAGCUCUUAUUGGGGACCGAACUUGCCUAGACUUCAGACCAUCAAGGCUGAGAUUGAUCCUCACGACGUAUUCCACAAUCCUCAGAGCGUGCAAGCCCUUUCUUGA